CAGCCCCAGCGCCUCGCAGCCGGCCAGACACUGCUCCCUCCCCCUUGGCUCUGUGCCUGACAUCUGGAGCCACUUCCCAGCGCGGGGCUGCGGGCGCCGGGCGCGCUCAGGGGACGCCGCCACGCCUGGGCUCACAUCUGGCUGGGGAGGACUCUGCGCUCGGCCUUUUUCUUCCCUCUCCUCUCCGCCUCGCGCACAGUGCGCUCCCGCUCGGGGCAAGUGCAGGCGAGCACAGGGCGGGGGCCAGGCCCAGGCCCCGUCCGCAGAGGAUGCUCUAGAGGGGAGCCGAAGCAGGAGAGCGCAACCGGGGAGCGGGUGUCCGACCGGGUGCAGAGGGCCCUGCGGGAUGGGGCCGUGGGCUCUCGGCCUCCUGCUGCUGUGCUGCCUGCCGUGGCCCGCCCCCGCGCUCGGCCAACUGCCCCCUAGCCGGCGCCCCCAGAGGGACCCUGCCAAGGGCCGGACCAUGCCCCAGCCGCACUCAGCCAGGACCAAGUGGGACCAGGAGCGGUACAGCCGGCAGCCCCAGUGCGUGCGCUGCUGCGACGCCCCCGAGCAGGCUUCCCCGCUCUACCAGCCUGUGGCCCAGAUCAACAUGACCAUCCUGAAGGGGGAGAAAGGGGACCAGGGCGAGCGCGGCCUCCAGGGGAAGUUCGGCAAGCCAGGCACAACAGGCAACCGGGGCCACGUGGGGGCCAAGGGCCAGAAGGGCAGCGUGGGGGCCACUGGGGAGCGGUGCAAGAGCCACUACGCUGCCUUCUCGGUGGGCCGCAGGAAGCCACUGCACAGCAACGCCUACUACCAGACGCUGAUCUUCGACACUGAGUUCGUCAACCUCUACGGCCACUUCAACAUGUUCACGGGCAAGUUCUACUGCUACGUGCCCGGGAUCUACUACUUCAGCCUGCACGUGCACACCUGGAACCAGAAGGAGACCUACCUGCACCUGAUGCACAACACGGAGGAGGCCGUGGUCCUGUACGCCCAGGCCAGCGACCGCAGCAUCAUGCAGAGCCAGAGCAUCAUGCUGGAGCUGCGGGAGCAGGACGAGGUCUGGGUGCGGCUCUUCAAGGGCGAGCGGGACAACGCCAUCUUCAGCGACGAGUUCGACACCUACGUCACCUUCAGCGGGCACCUGGUCAAGUACAGCGGGGACCCCUGAGUGCCUGCCCACCCCUGCCCCCUUCCUGCGUCCCCGCUCCUUGCCUGCACCCCUGACCAGGGUCGGAUCCCGUGCCGCCGGCAUUAAGGCGAGCUCUUCCCCCUCGAUGACGCCACGGCCCUGCCACGGGCUGUACAGGCACCUGUGUCCCCGCUUUCCCCAGGAAACCUGCGAUCAGGCGGAUUAGUGAGACCAGGGCUGCUGCGGCUGCUGGGUUUGGGACAGGCGUGCAGGGGAAUAGCAGCGGAGAGGUCCAUGCCCAGGCAUGGGCCAGGAAGGUCUUGCAGGGCACCAUGUGGGGAGGCCUGGCCGCAGGCCCCGGUUCUGGGCAGUCCCCGAGGGGCUCCUGGGUGGCAGCCCCAGCUGCAGCAGCCUCCCCACAUCAGCCCUUCUGCGGUCGCGGGCCAGGCUUCGAUUUUAGUUGGCGCGAGAGCAGAGCAGGGGCAGGGCAGUGUACGGCCCCCACGCCCCGCAGGGCUCUGCCCUCACAUUAAACCCCCGGUUCAGCUG